AUGCACAUACACCUCACCCCCGAAAUUUUUGUCGAGCUCAUUAGUUCAAAGACUUGGACUCUCUCGCCAACUCCUCAGUCUACACCGCGACGAAACAAGAAGAAGAAACAGGCAGGGUUUUCAUCUGGGCCUGCCUCAGAGAAUACCGAGAGAAUGUCGGGGAGUACCGCCGCCGAUUCAAUAAUACCAGGCGGCGGUAAAAAUAAGCCUUCGGCUUUUUGGGGAGAGGGGGGAGAGGUAUACGGAGGCAGAGGCCGAGUUGAUGGGGCAACAGAAGCAUGCAGCGGGCAUGAGAAAAUCAAAAAGUGGUCUCCCUCUGGACCAUCCUCAACAAACUCCCAAUCUGGGGAUGAGUACAAUGAGAAUAUAAUAAUCUGCAUCU